AGCCAUCCUUCGAAUCUAUUAGUUGGUUCUGAAGAGCUGGGAGUUGUGACUGUUGGUGAAUUGAAGCCCAGCAUCGCAGGGAAGAGGUCUUUUCGGCCGAGUUCGAGUACAAGGCAUGUCACUGAAUGGCCGAUAUCUGAUGUUUCCAGCGAUCUUACAAUUGAAGUUGGAACAGCAAGUUUUGCGCUUCACAAGAUUCAUCUUUGAGAUUCAGAGCGAUUUCGAUUUAGAAGCUCCACCGCCACCACCGUCUGCACCGGCUCGAUUUCUCUGAUAGUAAUGCAGACGAUAUAUUUGGGGGUAGAUCUUUAAUGGGUCGGAAUCUUCUUCAUGCCAAGAAAGGUUGUGGAUUCGCUUAGUAGUCAUCCCACUGUUCGGCCAAUGUCACAUCAACAACAAUCUCAUGCAUUUUCAUCCCAAGAGGUUCACCUUUCAAAGAGAAGAAGAAGAAGAAGAAGAAGAACUAACAAGGUUCUGAAGAGCUGGGAGUUGUGACUGUUGGUGAAUUGAAGCCCAGCAUCGCAGGGAAGAGGUCUUUUCGGCCGAGUUCGAGUACAAGGCAUGUCACUGAAUGGCCGAUAUCUGAUGUUUCCAGCGAUCUUACAAUUGAAGUUGGAACAGCAAGUUUUGCGCUUCACAAGUUCCCUCUAGUUUCUCGGAGUGGAAGAAUACGAAAACUGUUGUUAGAAGCAAAAGAUUCAAUAGUGUCGCGUAUAAAUCUGUCAGCUGUACCGGGUGGACCAGAGGCAUUUGAGCUAGUUGCAAAGUUCUGUUACGGAGUAAACACCGAAAUUACUCUAUCAAACGUUGCGAUGCUACGUUGUGCGGCUCAUUUCCUGGAAAUGACAGAAGAUUUUGCUGAGAAAAACCUAGAAACGCAAACUGAAGCAUAUCUGAAGGAGAACAUACUUCCAAACACAUCAAACUCGAUAUCAGUUCUUCACCGCUGCGAAUCACUCCUACCCAUAGCGGAAGAUAUCAACCUUGUCAACAGGAUUAUCAAUGCCAUUGCAAAUAAUGCAUGUAAAGAGCAACUCACAUCUGGCUUGUCCAAGCUAGAGCACAACUUUCCUUCAAAACCCGAAAUAGAAACACCCUCAGAUUGGUGGGGAAAAUCACUCACCGUGCUUAAUCUUGACUUCUUCCAGCGCGUUCUAUAUGCAGUAAAAAGUAAGGGUCUGAAACAGGAUAUAAUCAUCAGGAUUUUGAUAAAUUAUGCCCACAAUUCUCUUCAGGGACUCGUUGUGGUUAGGGAUCCACAAUUGGUUAAAGGGGGUUUCUUGGACUUGGAAUUGCAGAAGAAACAAAGAGCCAUCAUCGAAGCUAUAAUCGGUUUAUUGCCAACACAGUCAAGAAAGAGUGCUGUUCCCAUGGCAUUUCUUUCUAGAUUGUUGAAGUCUGCAAUAGCGGCAUCAGCAUCUACUCCAUACAGAUCUGAUUUAGAGAGGAGGAUUGGUUUGCAAUUGGAUCAAGCAAUUCUUGAGGACCUACUCAUUCCUGCAAAUUCUCAUGGAAACAAUCACAGCCCAAUGUAUGAUACAGAUUCAAUCCUAAGGAUUUUCUCCAUUUUCUUGAACUUGGAUGAGGAUGAUGAUGAGGAUAAUCACUUGAGGGAUGAAAGUGAAAUGGUAUACGACUUUGACAGUCCUGGAUCUCCCAAGCAGAGCUCACUCCUGAAUGCGUCGAAACUGUUGGACAAUUGUCUUGCAGAAGUUGCACUCGAUUCAAACUUGACGCCAUCGAAGUUUGUAGUAUUGGCAGAAUUACUCCCAGACCAUACCCGUAUAGUGAAUGAUGGAUUAUACAGAGCUGUGGAUAUCUUUCUCAAGGUUCAUCCGAACAUGAAGGACUCAGAGCGUUAUAGACUUUGCAAAACCAUCAAUUGCCAGAAACUAUCUCAAGAAGCCUGCAGUCAUGCAGCACAGAAUGAAAGGCUGCCAGUGCAGAUGGCAGUCCAAGUGUUAUACUUUGAGCAAAUCAGGCUUCGAAACGCAAUGAAUGGCGGUCACAAUCAGUUGUUCUUUGGCUCUGUCAAUGGCCAAUUCCCUCAACGUUCAGGUAGCGGAGCAGGAAGUGGAUGCAUCUCACCAAGAGACAACUACGCGUUGGUGAGAAGAGAGAACAGGGAACUCAAGCUGGAAGUUGCAAGAAUGAGGAUGAGACUGACUGACUUGGAAAAAGACCAUGUUUCGAUGAAACAGGAGCUUAGUGUGAAAUCACAUCCUGCUAACAAGUUAUUCAGGUCAUUUACAAAGAAGUUGAGCAAGCUAAAUGCCCUGUUUCGGAUUAAAGAUAUGAAGCCGAUAGGUGGUAAGGCUAAUUCAGAAACUCGGAUUUUGUUUCAGAAGCGAAGACGUCAUGCUGUAUCUUGAUUCAUGAUCAAACAUGUGCGUACAAGAAAGAAAACACUUUCAAUGUUAUUGCGAA